UAACGUGUUCUUUCUGCAGCCAGCCUUUCCUAGGAGAGAUGUGUCAUAUCCUUUGCAGUUGCUUGUUUACUGUCUUCCCUGCUGCAUUUGUAAGCAAACUCCGAGGGACAGACUUGGUUUAUCUGGGUGUGCCUUAGUGUCUUUCCCCAAAUGUGGGGCAUGGCACAGCACCGUGAAUGCCCAUCCAUUUGUGUUUUUACUAUUAUGCCCUAUCUAGAGAAAGUAGACCGGGUUUAGGAUUGUUUAGCAAAUUAUAAUUAGAAAAGAAAUGGUAGAGGCGACAUAUGGAGUCGUUGUAACAGUGUAACCCUGCAGGAUAGCAGAAGGAGGGCCAGGCAGGGUGCUUAGACCACACUCUAUCAAAAUGGGCUCAGCCACUGUGAAUGUGCAUGCUGUGGUGACAUGAUCUCCGCAAAUGAAACGUAAAGCCUAAAUCAUCUCUAUCACAGCCCGAUGCUUGAACUCUGGUUUUGCUUUGCCUUUUUGCAAAAGAAGGUUUUUGAAAGUGGAAAUGUUUUUUAAUGAAUGGACGAACAGUUUAUUGGAGUAUGGCAGUAAAACCUGUUCAAAGAAACGGACAUUAGUUAGACAUUGUACCUAGGUAAAUCAGAUUUGCUUUGCUAUCCUGAAAAAAGGCCUUGCCUCUUGCCAUUUGAAGAGACUGGCAUCUGAUAGAGGCAAUUAUAAUGCUGCUUUACUGUAGUGCUUUCAAACCUAGUUUAGCACAAUCUCCCACUGCUUCAUACCCCUACAAAGCAGUCUUUAUUGGUGUGGAUGAUAUAUUACAUUGCUUCUCGUGCCUACUACUGGAUCUUUAAGCUCUACCCCAAAAACAGGAAACACUGGUGUUCGGGCCCAAAAAACGAUGUGGGAAUUCUUAGAUUUAUGUGAUGCUCUUUCUCUGCAUGUUGCGUUCUUGCCUUCACAUGUUGCCUGUAGAGCUUCUUUGCAUUACAAUAAUGAGAUAGAGCUACCUGAUAUGUAAUUGGACACCAUCUGGCAUCUGCCUUGUUCAGUCACCUUUGAAUACCAGCGAGCAUUGGUAUAAGCGCUGCAGACAAAUGGGGUUUGUCUCUUCCACUGCUUGAUAUGCUCAGGGUCUAGUAUAGUACUCUGCACACAGCUGGUGUUCAGUAAAUUGUUAUGGUCCAAAUAUCAAAUGAAUGAAUGCUACUGAAUCUGACUUUUGGCAGUUUCUAUCUUCCAGACAGCAGGAUUUAUUUCUUCAAGUGGUUUUAAACCUGAAUCUGAUUCUGCAGGCUAGUGGUUCUUGGUGGGAGUGUUGAGGCUUUAAAGUUAUCUAUAAUUUUUAUAAAAAGGCAUCCGAGAUCCUCCGUUUACACUUAUAAUCAUACAGAUUAUUCAGAUCUGCGAAGGCUUUGCCAUUUUCUCCUUUUGGCCAUCCAAAAGGACUUCAUUUGACAAAGGGAAGACAGAUCUUUUGCAUAUAGUAAGUGCCAUUCUUUCUGUCUGGUAUCAUAGGCUUUUAAUAGUGGGGAGUGCUCUAUACUGCCUUCCUGGUCACUUGGCCCAUGCCAGAGAAAAGGAAAGGAUGGUUUAUUUGUUUGUAUAGUACAGUGGAACUUAUUUAGAUUUAUUCUGUAUUUGAUUUUGCGUUCCCGUUCUCAUAUCUUUACCUUAACUACACAAUAAAUAUUAAAAGAUUGGCUGCACCAGGCCCAAUGACAAUAGCCAGUUUGAUAAUUCUUAUAUGUACCAAAAUGAAUUCAGAGACCAGAUGGGAAAAGAUUUUGAUAAAACCUCUGGUACAUUACAACUGAAGUCUUUUCAUGUCCAAACUGUUGUGAAACAGAUGUUCUUUGUUUCAUUUGCUAAAUCUGGGAAUAUGACUGCUUUUGAGACUGUCCUCUCUGACAGGUGAUAAAUAUAAGCCCGAUAUUUUUCAAGUUGUUUGACAAAAGUGUAGUUUCCCCAGAAGUCCUACUGGACAGGCUUCACUUUUCUUGUGGGGAAAAACAAGAGUUACAGGAAAUAUGUCUUAAUGACUUAUACUGAAAGCUGAACAUAAAAACAGUAAUUUAACUUUUAUUAUUUUUAGAGGCUCAAGUGCGGUGGUGCAAUCAUAGCUCACUGCAGCCUCCAACUCCUAUGCUCAAGCGAUCCUCUUGCCUCAGCCUCCUGAGUAGCUCGGACUACAGGUGUAUACCACAAUGCCAAUCUACUUGUUUUUACUUUUUUGUAGAGAUGGGGUCUCUCUGUGUUGCCCAGACUGGUCUCAAACACAUGACCUCAAGCAGUCGUCCCACCUUUGCCUCCUGAAGUGCUGGGAUUACAGGUGUGAGCCACUGUGUCUGGCCUAUUUCACUUUAGAAGUAAAUUGAAUGCCACAUGCAAGGUUUGUUAAAUUUAAAAAGAAGAAAGAAAGGAAAAAUAGAAGUAAACUACCUAGUGGUAUCAGAAAUGCCAUAAUCAUUUUUGCCAUUUUUUUCAUUCAUUAGAAUUCAGUGCAUUUUGCUAUCUCUGCAGUAACUUUCUAUCAUAUUAUUUACGUUUUUUGUCUUAUUUAAAGCUUCUGAGAUUUUGGGGUUUCCUUCCCUGAAAUUAAGCAUUAUCACUCCUACAUAGUACUAAACUGUCUAUAGAAUAGUCGGAGUCUGCCCUCUUGAGUUGGGAAGAUCCUAGUUUGAAUCCUGGCUGUGCCACUCUAAAGUUCAUUAACUUCUCUUAGCCUCAGUCACCUGACCUCUGCAGUGGGGAUCCUGAUGCCUCAGAGUGUCAUUGGGAGGACUCACGAAAAAUAGCUUGUACUUUGAGUUUAGUACCUAGUCUGAAUGAUCCAGCAGUAAGAGGGACAGUCGUCACACAGCGCUUUACACACACCUCUCCCGUCACAUGCAGCACUGUUCUUCCUUUGGCUUCUGUUUUCGUAAAUCUUUACUAGUAAAUGUUUCUUUUUCUUUCUUUUUUGAAAUGGAGUUUCGCACUUGUUACCCAGGCUGGAGUGCAAUGGUGCGAUCUCGGCUCACCACAACCUCCACCUCCUGGGUUCAGGCAAUUCUCCUGCCUCAGCCUCCUGAGUAGCUGGGAUUACAGGCAUGUGCCACCAUGCCCAGCUGAUUUUUUGUAUUUUUAGUAGAGAGGGGGUUUCACCAUGUUGACCAGGAUGGUUUCGAUCUCUUGACCUCGUGAUCCACCCGCCUCGGCCUCCCAAAGUGCUGGGAUUACAGGCUUGAGCUACUGGGCCCGGCCCGUAAAUGUUUCUUAAAAGCAUUUAUAUUCAUGGACCUGAUUCAGAAAUUAACUGAGUUGGUUUGUAGGUCUCACUUUGAGAAUUAAAAACCCUUAGGGCAGAGAGCAGAUUUUAUUUCUUACCUCAGAGUUUCCCUGUAGGGUAGGAAGCAGCAACAGCCUAAUAACCAGUAACAAUGAGCUGAUUAAGAAUCUCUAAACCUGGCAAUCCUAAUUUAACAUCCCCUUCUGAAUUCCUACCACACUUUCACACAUUCACUCUUUAAUAACAGGUUCUUUCAAACUGUUGAUGCUUUGUAGCUUAAUAUAAAACUUUCACUUUAGAAAUUAACUUUUAUUUCUCUGCCUUAAUGCUGUAGAUGGUGUGUUCUGCUUUGCUUCAUUAUUAUCAUGAGGAGUUGGCUAGCCACCAUGUAAAUAGGGAGAACAUUCCAGUUUUUUACUUGUGUAGGAAAACACAGCUUGAAAUGUCUAAAUAUCUGUUUAGAGUGAAAUCAAUUUAUACUGACACUUUUUAGUGUUUGAAAGCCUGACUUAAUAGCGUUGGUGCAAGUGUUAGGGAUCCAGGAAUCAGCAAAGUGAUCCUGAGACCCGAGUCCCAGGUUUCCGUGUAAUGUCAGUUGGUCUGCUGAGAACUUUGCCAUAAACAUGUGUGUUCAGAAAUUUCCUUUCUUAUCAACAGCGUCCUGAAUUGAUGAAAAUAAUUGAUUAAGAAUUAAUUAAUCAACCCAGUAGGAAACAGUUUGUGUUAAAUCCAUUGCUAUGCCAGGAUACAUUUUUUAAACUGCUAUUCCCAUUUAUGUUUUGUCAAAUAAAAAGGUUAUAAGAACCUAAAUUCCUGUUUUCAUUUAAGGCAGUGAAUAUUUCCCUCAGGGUAAGAUCUUCUAUCCUUAGAUGAGCUCACCAUCCUCAGAAUGAUUUGUACUCAGCCGGGCAUUAGCUAAUGGAGGUGAGGUCAUGCUAAGCAGCACUUGAGUUUUGCGGGAACCAAAGCUCUGCUCCUGGGAGUGUGAAUUUGGUGCUUUCGUGUGGAAACAGCAGAUGAUGACAAGCGGAUGAGCAAAUGUGCACGUGUCUGCUGCUUUAAUAAAGGUAUCCAUGGAGAACACUGAAAACUCAGUGGAUUCAAAAUCCAUUAAAAAUUCGGAACUAAAGAUCAUACAUGGAAGCAAAUCAGUGGACUCUGGUAUAUCCCUGGACAGCAGUUAUAAAAUGGAUUAUCCUGAAAUGGGUUUAUGUCUAAUAAUUAAUAAUAAGAACUUUCAUAAAAGCACUGGAAUGGCAUCUCGGUCUGGUACAGAUGUGGAUGCAGCAAACCUCAGGGAAACUUUCAUGAACUUGAAAUAUGAAGUCAGGAAUAAAAACGAUCUCACACGCGAAGAGAUUGUGGAACUGAUGCGUAAUGUUUCUAAAGAAGAUCACAGCAAAAGGAGCAGUUUCGUUUGUGUGCUUCUGAGCCAUGGUGAAGAAGGAAUAAUUUUUGGAACCAAUGGACCUGUUGACCUGAAAAAAAUAACAAGCUUUUUCAGAGGGGAUUGUUGUAGAAGUCUAACUGGAAAACCCAAACUUUUCAUUAUUCAGGCCUGCCGUGGCACAGAACUGGACUGUGGCAUUGAGACGGACAGCGGUGUUGAUGAUGACAUGGCGUGUCAUAAAAUACCAGUGGAGGCCGACUUCUUGUAUGCAUACUCCACAGCACCUGGUUAUUAUUCCUGGCGAAAUUCAAGGGACGGCUCCUGGUUCAUCCAGUCGCUUUGUGCCAUGCUGAAGCUGUAUGCCAACAAGCUUGAGUUCAUGCACAUCCUGACCCGGGUUAACCGAAAGGUGGCAACAGAAUUUGAGUCCUCUUCCUUUGAUGCUACUUUUCAUGCAAAGAAACAGAUUCCAUGUAUUGUUUCCAUGCUCACGAAAGAACUGUAUUUUUAUCAGUAAAGAAAUGGUUGGCUGGUGCUUUUUUUUAGUUUGUAUGACAAGUGAGAAGACAGUAUACCUGCUGCUGUCUUCCUCUCUCAUUUUAACCUGCUCUCAUGCUGCAGAGGGUACUUUGAGACAUACUCCUUCCAUCAGGUAGAUCCACUAUGAAGCUACCUCAAACGUACAAUCAGGUAGUUGCAACUGAAUUGAAUUAGAAGUAAAUAAAAAUGGAUACCGGUGCAGUCAAUAUGAAAGGCAAUGGUUGUUGAUUUGUAGCUUCCAUGACUAGCAAGUUAUAGUGAUGCUAUGCUACGCAUUUUCAAGGAAUUGUGAAGAAGUAAUUGAAGUCAUGAAUUUUUAGGAUAUUCCUCCCACUUAAGACUGUGUAAUCUGGUUUUGUCACACUGUAGAAAUGAUGUGGAAGAACUUAGUCAUCUGUGGGCGUGCUCAAAAGCGCGAACUUUUCUUUAGAAUUGAUAUGCAAAUGUGAGUCAACUGCCUUUUUAAACCAUUUACCUGGGAUAAUGGUUUUGUAAUUUUUGUCCUAAACACCUUUGUUGUAAAAAAAAAUUAAUAAUGCUGUUUAAUAUUGAGAAAGACACUAAGUAUUUUAUGUGAGAGAAAGUGUGAGGAAGCUAGGUUGACUCUCAAGGCUAAAACAUAACAUUUGUAGGGGUGGAGUUUUAACUGUGAGGUGCUACAAUGCAGCUGAUCCACCAGCAGAAAUACCUUCUGAUUUGUCCCUACGCAAAUCAGUUGAGCUUCACAUACCAGCAAUAGAUCUGAAGAGCUAUUGUAUAAGAACCCCAAACUGUUGAUUACCAGCCUGAUCAUGUGAAUAAAUUAUAUAGGAACAUAUGAAAAUACAGCUUACAUAAUAAAAAGUAGAAUGUGAGGAAAGCAAUCAAUGCAUGGGAUGAGCUGUCUGUAACGUGAGAGCAGAUGGUUUGAGCCUGAGCGGAGACACAGCACAGCCUGUUCCAUGCAGGCAGAACCAUAGACCAUGGUUUCAGGAAGGGCCUGCAGCUCGCUUCUUAAUACACUGGUGUGUCUGGAAGUUGCCGCCAGGGCCCCACUGCCAAGUAAGAAAGUGAACCAAAUCAGAAACUUCUGAAAUGGAAAUGUAAAGGUGGUGAGUCACAAUAAAACUCUUAGCACUCUUUGUAGUAAAAUUCUUAAGCAUGUUAUAUUCUGUUGAUGUUUACAAUCAAAGGAAAAUAGUAAUGUUUUAUACUGUUUACUGAAAGAAAACGACAGUGGCAUAUAGGACUCUAGAUGGCUUCCAGCCAGAGGCCAGAGCUGCGCACCCAGCCCGGGAGGCAGACUCUAGGCCUCCCCACUCAGCAGGUGCUGAGCCCUCACUACACCGAGUCUCACCUGCUUUCAGUCUGACAUUUCACAGGAGAUUUCUUGUUGCUCAAAAAAUGAAUUCGCAUUUGUUAAUGACAGGGUUUUUUUUUUAACUAAAUUUGUAACUUUUGUAAAUACACGUAGCAGGUAAUGAUAUCUUAAAGUGUUUUCCUGUGUGACAACUUUGUACAAAUUUUCCUUUUUUUUCAAAAUAUAGAUUCAAACUUAAAAUAA